UCAUGUAAAUAAGGAGAGAACCCACGAACUCCGCCGCGCAUUGUGCAGGUCAGCCAGACCAUGGAUUCGAAGUGAAGACCUGCCCCAGCAGCAAGAUAGCGAAUGAAAAACGAACACUGUCCCCCAGGCACGUGGCAGUCAACUCGAUACCGGAAGAAGGUCAACAGUCACCACAUUCAAAAUGGCUGCCCCCUUAUGUCAGCGUUAUCAGGUAUGUUUAAGAAGAUACUCUAUGGCAUUCCCCUCAUAUUUCUUGCGUCUGCGCAACAGAGCCAAUGUCUUCAGAAUACGGAGCCUCCUCACAAACUUUUGUCAGGUGCCUCAGCCCUCACUUCUCCAGGCAAGAUAUUUGUCAGGGCAGAAGAGCGGAGGAAGAAAAGGCUUCCUAGGCGAAUUCCUCGACAAUUUGAAGCAGGAGAUUAGCAAAAACAAAGAAAUGAAAGAAAAUAUCAAAAAGUUCAGAGAAGAGGCCAAAAAACUUGAGGAGUCUGACGCAUUGAGGCACGCUCGCAGGAAAUAUAAAACGAUUGAGUCUGAAACAGUAAAGACUUCUGAGGUUCUCAAAAAGAAGUUAGAGAACCUCUCAGACACAGUAAAGGAGGGACUUGAGGAGGUCACUCGUACAGAAAUUGGAAAGAAGAUAAAGGAGGGAAUGGAGGAAGCAGCCAAAACGGCAAAGACCUCAGCAGAGAGCGUCUCAAAGAGUGGAGAGAUGUUGGGGAAGACUGGUGCAUUCAAAGCUAUAUCACAGGGUAUGGAGAGUGUAAAGAAAGAGAUUGGUGACCUGGGCCACACUGGCCCUUACAGGCCCCCUGCUCGUCUCAGGAAGAGGAGUGAAUUUUCCUCAAAGGGGUCAUCAGAUGGCAACAAGGUCUUUGAAGCCAACGAGGAAGCCAUGGGUGUGGUACUCCACAAGGACUCCAAAUGGUACCAGCAAUGGAAGGACUUUAAAGACAAUAAUGUUGUCUUCAAUAGGUUUUUUGAAAUGAAGAUGAAGUAUGAUGAGAGUGACAACGCUUUCAUCAGAGCAUCGCGUGCUGUCACCGACAAAAUGACUGAUGUCAUAGGUGGACUAUUCUCCAAGACAGAGAUGUCAGAAGUGCUGACAGAGAUUCUGAAGGCAGACCCGUCCUUCGACAAAGAUUCUUUCCUCAAGCAGUGUGAACAUGACAUCAUUCCCAAUAUUUUGGAGGCAAUGAUCAGAGGAGAGCUAGAAGUGCUGAAGGACUGGUGUUAUGAAGCGACAUACAGUCAGUUAGCGCACCCAAUCCAGCAAGCCAAGGCCAUGGGACUUCAGUUUCACUCAAAGAUCCUGGACAUCGACAGCAUUGAUCUGGCCAUGGGGAAGAUGAUGGAUCAGGGUCCAGUACUGAUUAUCACUUUCCAAGCUCAGUUAGUGAUUGUAAUACGAAACACCAAAGGAGAGGUGGUGGAAGGUGACCCUGAUAAAGUUCUGAGGAUGAUGUACGUGUGGGCUCUGUGUCGAGACCAAGAGGAGCUCAACCCUCAUGCUGCCUGGAGACUACUUGACAUCUCUGCCUCAAGCACUGAACAGAUCCUUUAAAGACUCAAUGAAGCAACACUCGCUCACCCGGAGAAAGAACAUUCUCAACCUGAAACUUGAUGGAGUCGACUUGCCGGAGAAAAUGCUUUGUGUUUAUUGUCUUACACAAGGGGGCGGUAGAGUACCAAUGACGCUGUAAGACGCUGGAGACCCCAUUUCUCCCCCUGAGUCCUUGUUCUGGUAGAUAAAGUCUGAAUUGGAAGACAUGUUGAUAUUAUGAGUAGAUGGGAAAGAUUGUACCAAUUUCUCCUCAGAUAAUCCUCUGGGCAUCGACAGCCCAAUCCCUUGUUUGUAUGAUAAUCAUCUAGUUUAAUUGUUAAAAUCUCAAAAAGUCUAUAUUUAUUAUGAAAAUUACAGAUAAACCGAUUCUUCCCCCCCCCCCCUCCAAACACGCACACACAUUUUGGGGAAAUAAAUGUCAUGUUGAUAAAAAUCAAAUAUACAGUCCCAGCAUUUUUAAAAGUUCCCUUUUUGGGAGAUAGUAAGAUCUCCACCAAAGUAAUUAUUUU